AUGGCAAAUUUAGGAGGUAAAGUAAUUGUAUCUAAUUUACGUGAUAAAUUUCGUGUAAUUCACAAAGAAUCAGUUCUAUGGUUUCCUGGGCACAUGAGAAAAGGCCUGAGACAGAUGCAGCAGAAUUUAAAAAAUGUUGAUUGUAUUAUUGAAGUACACGACGCACGUGUACCUAUUUCUGGCCGUAAUAAAGAUUUUCGUAAAUCAGUAAGUGGUUUGAAGCCACAUAUAUUUGUGUUAAAUAAAAAAGAUCUUGCAGACACAUCUAAAGCUGAUAAAUAUCAGAAAUUAUUAACUGAAGAGGGUUUUGAGCACAUAAUAUUUACUAAUUUUAAAGAUCAAACCUGCAAAGGAAUGCACUCAUUAUUACCAUUAGCAACAAAAUUAAUUGAAAAAUCAAAUCGUUACAACAGAACUGACAGUUCGGAAUUUUCCGCAAUGAUUAUUGGUGUCCCGAAUGUAGGAAAAUCAUCAUUAAUUAAUAGAUUAAGAAAUAAAUAUUUGGGUAGAGGCAAUGCGACAGCAGUUGGUGCCGUUGCUGGAAUAACGAGAUCUGUUCUCAAUAGAAUUAAAAUAUCUGAUAAACCUCCAGUUUAUGUACUUGAUACACCAGGUAUCCUAACUCCAUAUAUAACAGAUAUAUUUUCAGGAUUAAAAUUGUCACUUGUCGGUUGUCUUCAAGAUCAUUUAGUUGGCCCAGAUAUAAUGGCCGAUUAUCUUCUCUAUUGGCUCAAUAAAAACCAGCGUUUUGAAUACGUCAAUAAUUUAAAACUAUCAAAACCAAACGAUAAUAUUCUAGAAGUAUUGACUGAAAUAUCUAUUAAUUUAAGAAAAACUAAACGUAUACGAAAUUACGACGGCCAGAUAUUAAUAAGACCAGAUUGCGACUUUGCAGCUCAACAUUUUUUAAAAGUAUUUCGUGAUGGUGAAUUAGGUCCUAUAUGUCUUGAUGAUGAUAUUUUAUGAUAAAUUAAAAUUUUUAAAAUAAACUGUAAAUAUUAAUAAUAAUGAUUUAAUAAAUUUAAUUUCAAAUAAUUUUAUCUACACAUUUAAACUACAGAGAAUUACUACUAUGCCUUUCCCUUGGCGUACUUCGAUCCCCACCACUCUAUUUAAAUAUGCUGACUUUCUUUUCACAAUCAUUCUACUUUUAAGUUUUACCAUAAACAUAUUUUUUAUUUCCUACCAAAUCGUUGUUAGAUUUUGUAUUAAAAUAUUUAUUUAUUUUAUUAUCAGACUUUUAUUAA